CGAAGCGACAAGGGCAGUCAAGCGCCGGGAAUGGGAUCCGAAGCACAACUGGACCCCAACGACCCUAACUACAUCAAGAUGCUGAAGACUGCUCAGGAGUUUUGCUUCUGCGCGGAUGAGGAACUGGAUCUCUCCAAGCGCUUCCGUCUGCUUCAGUUACGCAACUCCGGUCAUCGCGACUUCCAGGAGGUGGUGGUUCCGCUGAACUCUCGCGAAAUUCCCGCGGGCAUCUUUGAGGAAUUGGAACCCGCAAAGGAGGAGACACGGAAGCUUAAAACCACUGGACUGGAACAGCAUUUUGCAGAGCGGAACAGGUACCUUCGAGAUAUCGGUAACGAAGUGCUGAGACGCUUCGAGGCGUCCAUUAAAAAGAAGACGUUGGAUGACGUUGUGGCCGAAGAGGAAAUACCCAGUUUGAUACCUCGCCGGCCCCUCAAUCCGAACCGGAAGGAGACGAAGAAGACGAGCAUGCAGAAUAUCAAGGAGACUGGUGUUGUCCUGGUGGUCACCAUUGGUGAUGCCAAGAACCUCCCCAUUCGCGCCGCAGAGCAGAGCAGUCGCAUGGCAGGAAGACCAGCAGAAGUGUCCUCGAAGUUCGUCCCUCGUGCACUUGAUACGGCUGUGAUCAUGCUUGAUCUAGCCGGCAUCAAUGAUGUCACUGACUACCUCUCUACGUGUGAAAAUGAGCGGUAUCAAAGCUGGAAAGCUCCACCCAUUCUCUUCUCCAGCGACGAAGACCGACAACCGAAGUUCCAAGAACCACUUCCAUGUCUUGACGAAUGGUGGAAUCAGAGCGAGAGUGGCAAAAUGGAACCUCUGUGUCCCGAGAAGGCCUGCAUGGAUGAUCGCCCAAUCACUACGGCGCCAUACGCGCACGGGUCCUGUCCCGUCGGCGUGAGGUUAUUGGCCAAUCACUCGCGUAAGCGCCUUCACGCGGAAAUUGAGCGCAUUUGGCGGUCUGAUUGGCUGACUGACAGGCUUGUGCGAAUAGCGUUGCCUAUAAAAUUCACAGCCGAUCUGCUGUGUGAUGAUUCGCUGGGCGCGAGUAUCCUGUGUUGUUUGUAUUGUUCUAGACGGCGCAUCCACAUCACUUUUGACAAAUUGCGCUCAAAAUAA